AUGUCUGUGGAAAUCCCACCAGGUACAGACCCCUCUCAGACUCCGUUGUUUGUAAACCCCGAUGGGUCCCCGCCGAACUUUGACAACCCUCCAUCACUUAAGGUGGUUACCUACGCGGUAACUAUCAUCUUGAUAGUUACUUCAUUCCUAUUGGUGCUGUCUAGACUUCGAAUCCAUUUGAAAGUGCACGGGAAGUUUGCAUAUGAUGACUAUUUCUGCUUCAUUGCGUGGGUCCUUGCGACGGUUUACGGUGCCCUUAUUAUAAAAUCAACCCCUACAGCCCGGCACGCAUGGGAUGUUCCCCUGAGCGCUAUCGAUGCAUCAUGGAUUAAGCGUAGCGCGGUUCUUGCAACGAUUUAUGGGCCAGCUAUGUGGUUCGCCAAAGCAGCCAUAUUGAUGAUGUAUAUCCGCGUGUUCCACGUUGUCCGAUGGAUGCGGUGGUGUUGUUAUAUUGGAAUUAUCUUCCUCUUUUGCGCCUAUUGGAGCCUCGUUCCUGUCUCCAUCGUGUACAACUUUCCCCACAGGCCUAAUGAACAUUGGGACCUUGCACUAUCGCUCAGUAGCAUCCCAUCACAACUACCUUUCAUGAUUAUGGGUCUGGUCAGUAUAGUAUCCGACCUAUACAUCCUGAUAUUACCUUUUCCUGUCUUACUCAGACUACAUAUCUCAUGGAAGAAAAAGGUCGGGCUGGGCUUGGUUUUCAUAACUGCAGCAAUCGGAAUCGCGUGUAGCUGCCUCGUGUUCUACUACCGUAUCGUGGUCUGGAAUAACUUAUCAAAAGAUGCAACAUGGAAUGUCGCGGCCUCAUCCUUGACAGUGGCUAUCGAAAUAAACGUUGCCGUCAUCGUAAGUUGCGCGCCGGCUGCCGCAGCAUCUUACAAGCUCAUGGCGCAAGAAUCUAGAUUCUGUUCAAGCAUAGUGUCGGCUGUCAAAAGCUCUCGAAAUCUGAUACACCUCGCUUCCGGCUCGAAAGAAGAAAAGCCGAACUCAGACGUUAAACUGACAUCUUUAAAAGCGGUUGGAGUUCGUUCGUAGAAUAUAUGUGUUCAGUUAUCCAACCCCUAUAUUACGUAAGUAGCCCCUUUUAUGGGCGAAGGUUGAGGGGCCAAGACCUCCAGAGAUAUGCGUUGCAUUUCUCUAGUGGUUAAGGUACCCAAAUUAUAGCGGCUACCGAGUAUAAUAUAGCGAAUAGGUCAUCAUUAAGCCUAAGCCUUAGCUGGGGUUAACG